UGAACCAGCUAAGAACAACAAAAACAUUUAUGACAUCAGAUACUUAGUUAAUGCAGUCGUUCAGGUGGUACCACCAAAGCAAACUAAUUCCAUUGUCCAAUGUCACAGAUGUCAAGAGUUUGGGCACACGAAAAGUUAUUGUAACAAAUCUAAUGCUUGUGUUAAAUGCGGCUCUAAUCACAACACUACCGAAUGUACCAAAGACAGAAAUGCUCCUGCCAAAUGCGCAAACUGCCAGCACGAACAUCCAGCUAACUAUCGCGGGUGUCAAGUACACCAGUCACUGAAAACCAAAUAUAAUGCUAGCAAAGCACGCACGAUGGAGAGCCCGCUUGUUUAUAAUGCCACAGAAUCCACAAAUUUGCAAAAACAAAAUUUAUUUUUCAACAGCAAAACAAACAACAUGGCCUAGUAUGCUGAUGCUGUAAAAACAACUAACCUUGAUCAAUUUUUAGAAAAAACACUCACAAUUUGUUUGUACCUUAACAGCACAUUUACUUAUUGUCUAUUAACAUUAAGACAGAUUGUAAAUUUAACUUGAAUAAAAAAAAAAUUAAUGUAGUUUUUGUUGUCAGUAUUCAUUAGUGUUUAUGCAGAAGCUGUUUUCUGUAGUCGGUGUUUCAUAGUGUUCGAAUACUGUAAUGUCUUCAAAAGAGGGAGUUUUGUAUCAUCAGCUGUUCUGGGCCUAUAGAGGAUCUCAUGCUAACUUGCCAGCGCAACUGUGUCAAAAAAAUGCCAUCGAUAUUUGGAAAAUGGCUAAAGAAAAACUAAAAAAUAAAGAAAAGUUUAUAGAACAUAUAAAUGAUGUUAUACGACAGUUGAAGGUGAAGGCCACGAAGAAGAAAGCAACAAUGCUUUGUUAUAUUACACAGCUACCUAUGAAAACAUCAAGCACGCCAGCACCACGCCCAGGCACGCUAAGGCCCAAGGUUCCGUCGACUUCAAUUGCUCUUCAACAAAAACAGGAUUCGGAUGUUGUAGCUUCAUCCACGUGUUCAUCUCAUAUGGAAUCGAUUGUCGAAGUCACUGGGCAUAAAAGCACUGCCGUUAAACGAAAGAUGAGCGAUACCCACGAUGAACAAAGUCAAAAUACUGAUGAGGAAAUUGUGCAGACACCUUCUACGGAACCACACACGACUUUGAUUGAUUCGGGCUUCACUAAAAAUGUUACAAGCAAGCCGGCUCAAGAUACUCUUAUGAAAAAAAUUAGUCUUCUGCAACAGAGAAUAAAUGUUCUUACUGAAGCAAGGGAUACUGGAAUAGCCAAAGAUGAUGUUCACGACGAAAUCAAAAAGCUACGCAAAGUGUUAAAAGAAGAAGAAAUAUGUUUAAAGAAAAAAAGAGACUCUGCUAAGCGUGCAAAAAAAUUUCGAGCCAAAGAAAAACUGGAGAAAACUGAACGUCAGAGAAACAAUCCUCCUGCAGCACAACCUCGAACUAGCUCUGGACAGCCCCCUUAGUUGACUCGCAACCUACUCUCCUAGAGCUAGAGACCAUAAUUAAUAUUGCCAUUCAUGGCAGCGCUGCUGAUGAACGCCGCCGAACAGAGAUGAUUAGGAGUUGUCUCACUCUGUCCGACCUGCAUGAGAGGCUGUUGUUAAUGGGAUUCAAAAUUUCUCGAAGCGGCAUAUAUCUUCAUUUACUCCCACGCGUUUCUAACACUCCAGAGGGAAGAAGGCACGUACGUACCGUACCCGUAAAGUUAGCAAGACCACAGACCGAGAUGCACAAAAAGCACGAGGUCGGGGAAUUUUGCAUUGCUACAAUCAGGUCAUUGGAAUCUCUCAAAUCGCUUCUGGGACCGCAGCAAAUAUUCGUUCUCUCACAAGACGAUAAGGCACGUGUACCAAUAGGUUUACUGGCAGUGAAAAGUCAAGCCCUCUUUUAAUGCAUAUGGAAUACAGAAUACUUUUACCUGAUCAUGACUGGGUCGUGGCAGAACGGCACAAACUUAUUCCUUCUGUAUAUGCCGCCGUCAACGUGGAACCUAACAAUUUCGGUAAGGAAGAAGCUGUUGGGUACAGCGGGCCGACAUACAUAUCCAUAAGAAGCGGGAAACAUGCAUCCUCCACAGCGAACACCCAUGCUUAAGGUUUGGAAUCACUUUUAUCAAAACCUUCAUUCAAACCCUUAAUGAUGACAGAAUUGAACACCGUGAAGCCAGUGAUCAUCAUCUUUGUAGAUGGUGGGCCGGACGAAAACGCGCGUUAUCGCAAAGCCAAAAACUUUGCGAUUGAACACUUUAAAAAAUACAACUUGGACGCCCUGUUUAUAGCGACUAAUGCUCCUGGGCGGAGCGCAUAUAACCGAGUUGAGCGUCGCAUGGCUCCCCUCAGCAAACGACUGGCAGGCGUCAUUCUGCCUCAUGAACAUUUUGGUUCUCAUCUUCAUACUUCAAACCCCAAGCAAGCUUGUAGUACCCAGUUUGCUAGACAAAGGAACAUCCAAGUUUUCACCACUUCUUGUGAGGUUGUCCCUUGAUCUGUCACCUCCUCUAGAAGGGUUUAAGCAGAUGCCUUACGACUUCUUUUGUUUAUCUGUACAAUCCGACUUAAAGAAAAAAGUAUGUCCCACCUGUGGGAUCUGUUUCACAUCUCACAAGAGUGUUCAAAUGCACUGUCGUUACGUGCAUGGCAAGACUGUCCAAGACUAUUGUGAAACUAGAGUACGGCCGCAGCGCCUUGCUGCGUAGUUAUGAAACAUCGUCUGAGGAUGCUGACUGGCUCGAUGAAGACGAAUUUGAUGCCAUUGGCUUAACAAUUCCAGAACCGUCCUUGUAUGCACUCCAGAUGCCAGUGAUGAAAGAAUCUGAGUGGCUAGCAAACCCGUGGACAGAGGAGCAGUAAUUUUAAUCGUAUUGUUUUCAAUAGACCGCAAAGGCAAUUAAAUUAAAACCAAAGAUAAAAACUAUAACUUUUUGCGAUUUUAGGGCAAAUUAUAAAAAUUAAUUGUUAUGUGACGUUUCAAGAGGAGGAGGUCCAUUACAAGGGGGGAGGGGGGUGGUGAGUGGUGAAAAAUCUUCAAAAAUUGCGUUACGUAAUACUUGAACGCUCCCUAAGGUCUCCCACUCUCAUGAAAGGCUAUUUGGCUGUCUUUGUAUGUUUCACUACAAAGGCAGUACAGCUUGAGCUAUGUACUAAUCUGACGACAGAGGUUUUUCUCGCGGCAUUUGCUCGCUUCGUCGCUCGACGUGGCUUCCCAUCAAAAAUCAUGAGCGAUAAUGGCAAAACAUUUAUUGGAGCUCCACGAGCCACAGAAAAACAGUUUGUGGAUUUCUUUAAACAAGUGUCACCUGAAAUCGUACAAAAGUACACCCCCAAGGUAUCAAUUGGCAAUUUAUACCCCAAGUGCUCUUCAAGUGGUUGGUUUAUGGGAAUCAGCUUUAAAGAGUUUGAAUUGUAGCAAGCAGCUACAAAUUUCAUUAUGAGGAAUUCACAACAUUAUUAACUAAAAUCGUUCUCAACUGCAGAAAAUGCGCCAAGGAUUGGAGAUUGUGACCUGAUUCGUGACUAAUGCUUCUCCUCCACCGGUUGGCGGCUCGGCCGCAUAAAGAAACUUUUCCGACGGUCAUACUCGCGUAGUCGAUCUCCGUACGCAAGCAAGAAUGUUUACAAGACCGCUCGUUAAACUAUGCUUUUUACCGACCGCCAGUACCUUUGAAACGAAAACGAUAAAACCCUCAAAUAAACCAGAUAUAAUAAAUAUUUAAAAAUAACAAACAAAUUAACCUAAAUGGUCGAUCAACUUGACGACCCACUUAUGCCACACAACGUGGCAGCCACACCCAUUUCCACUCUAUUCAACAAAUGUAUAAUUCAAAUAGCACUCUUCCAAACAGAUUAACAUGGAUGCAGACAUGCCACCCGUUCCGACGCCAACACCCAGGAGUGUACACCGGAAAACCUGUGUUAGAGAUUAGUAUGUGGCCUCAUCAUACCAUGCUGCACCGGACCACCAGACAUGACAUCGGUCAACAUUCUGGUGGCCACCACCGCGGCGCAGUACGACGACCGCUAAUAAGCCGUGGUGCAUGAUUCCGUCGACAGCCAACCACAUCAUCAUACCGUAUCUGGCGGCCACAGAAUGGGACGUCGACACGACGCCAGCAACAAAGGCCGCGUCCGCGCCACAACUCAGGCCUCAGCACCGUUGUAGCCACACUCCAGCAACUGCAACGACUCCUAGGCUGAAAUAUUCGCCUAGGGGGGUCGGGAUGGCUAAAUGAUCCUUAGUUCCCUGUCCCACACAACAUAUAAUCCGCAAGCGCCAUUUCAACACCAAACACCUAACCACAGCAAUAAUCCCGCAUUAAUAAUACUCUACAUUCACCGCAUUAAAAUAUACGUCACUAACACGCUACAUUCACCACACUCACCUCGACAUAACCUACAACCCACAUCACUCAUAACUACGUUCGUCACUUUUUUUGCGAUCCGCCAUCGAAAAGCCGUGUUCUGCUAAUACCGAAUUCCAACUUUUGCAUAUUGUGCGACCAUCCGCCGUUUAUAAUACGAUUUAAUUUAAUUUGUAUAUAAAGUUCUUGCGGAUAUAAUAA